AAUGGAAGUCCAAAUUUAAAACCUGGAUCUUCCCUGCUUUUGAAUCACAAAAGAUUCUCCGAAACCUGAACGUUCUCAGUUACAAUCACUCGCACCAAUUUCCGGUGAGCUUUCUCUCCCUGGUUCAGCCUUGAGCUUUAACCAAUUGCAAAUCUAUCUGAUUCUCACCAAAGCUGCACCCUUUUAUCAUAUUCACUCAUUCAUUUUGAUCUCUGAUACAGAAACUAGUUAGAUCUCUCUAUCUAGUUGUCCAACAUUGUUCUGCAUUUGUAUCAAGAAAUUCAUGAUCACCAUUGUUUUUUUGCUCUAAAUUUUGAUCUGGGUAAUGCUAGUUUCAAUUCAACUCGAUCCCCAUGAGCAAUAAUCCAUAUGGGUCUGGCAAUCCCAAGUCUCCCAAGUCCUUUGUUGCAUACCCAAGUGGUGAGUUUGAUUUAGAAUCUGGAACCAUCCGAAGAACCCGAAAACAUAGAAAAUCAAAACUCCAUCCUAUCAAAAUGAUUAGGUCUGUUGGGAACCGCAUGAAGUACUACUGCAAGCUGCACCCUCUGUUGGUUUUUAUGAUCACUUUGUCAGUUGGGGUCACAAUUCUUGUACUGUUGCCUGUGUAUGAGAACCGUUUUCAAAUGAAUAACUAUCGAAAAUUUGUCAUGGAUUUCGAUAGUUAUCCUUUACCGAAUCUCAAGAAUCUUGUCAUGGUUGCUGGGCAUUCAGUUUAUACUAGUAAUAGCUGUGGAAAAGUUGAUAAGGAGGAUUCUUGGUUUUUGGAGUCUUAUCAGAAGAAUCCCGGGCAAGCUUCUACUUUUGUGGCCCAUAUACAAGAGGGAAUUGAAAUUGCGGCCAAAGACAAUGCAGCUCUGCUUCUUUUUAGUGGUGGAGAAACUCGGAGAGAUGCUGGUCCUCGCAGUGAGGCACAGAGUUAUUGGGCAGUUGCUGAAUCAAAAAAAUGGUUUGGCAAAGAAGAUUUGAGACAGAGGGCACUCACAGAAGAGCAUGCUAGGGAUAGCUUUGAGAAUCUUCUCUUUAGUGUUUGCCGAUUUCGAGAGCUUACUGGCAUGUAUCCUCAUAAUAUAACUGUCGUAAGUUAUGAUUUCAAGGAGGAGAGAUUUGCGCAUUUACAUAGGUCUGCAAUUGGCUUUCCAGAGUCAAGGUUCUUCUAUGCUGGUACCCCAGCAAUUUCUACUGCAAAAGAAGCAGCUCGAAAAGGAGAGGCAAUCGUGCGGGCUCAGUUCCAAGAGGAUCCAUACGGGUGUCAAGGUUCACUUCACCGCAAAAAACUAGGGCGUGAUCCCUUUCACCGGACUAUUCCUUAUCCUAAUGGAUGUCCUGAAAUUGAAGGUCUAUUCAGAUAUUGUGGGAGUGCUCCUUAUCCAGGGUCCCUCCCUUGGUCUCAGACUUAAAUUGAUGAACAAUAUCCUACUUACCUUGAUUUAUAAAUAGGAUAAAUCCACUUAAACAGUCAGAAGAGGAGUUUUGAAUCUCACAAUAGUAUAGCUUAUCUUCCCUCCUAAUUAGUCUUGUUCAAAAAUAAAUAUAAAGUUAUAUAUAGAAGAAUGAACGAGUUGUUCGGUUGUAUCGGAUUCACAUGUUUUGAUUAAAAUUUUCUAUAUUGUCAAA